AUGGCGACCAGUUUCGACCUGGACCAUACAUACUUGCACGAGACCGUAAGCGUUCCUCUGACCGAGGCAAUGGCUCAACUGGCCAUCUUGCAACCGGAAGAUCCCAUUGAAUUUCUCGGCAAUUUUCUACUCAAGCAUGUGGCCAACGAGGAGGCUCAGCAUAGAAUCAAAAAUCAAAGAAAACCAUCGAUACUCGUCACUCCGCUCGAUCUUGCUCACAAAAUGUUAGAUGGAGAAGAUCUUCAACAGCACGAAAUAGAGUCAGAAAGAUUGCUACGAGCUCAGCUGUUGAACGAAUCGAGCGUAACGCAAAUGUUGGAAAGAUUUGCAGAAUGGAUUAGCGUGGAACUUAAUGCUGAAGAAGCUUACAUUGGUCGCAAGUGUGUUAAUUCAGUGGGAGCCGCUAUCGUCCAUUUUAUAGCAAGCUCUAAGCAUCAAAAGUCUUCCGUAAUCGACAAGUUCGUUGUUCAGCCAGAAAACGAAACGAUUGAAGAUAAUCUUCGUGGAGUCGGCGUUACGUUUGACGUGUUUAAAGAAAUUGAACCAGUAGAUGAAAAUGGUAAUGCUGCAGUUGACGGCGAGAGUAAUGCGCUUCCGGCUAUCUUGCCAAAAUAUGUACAUGUCGAAAAUGUACUACGUGAGCCGAGAGUCAAAUCAUUUGGAAUACCAAAGUUGGGUGCGCUCAUUACACGCGCAGGUCAGUACAAAAGUUACUUGCAUGCUGACGUAUACAACGAGAGUGAUCCAAAUGAACCCAAUGUACUGGAACAGUGGCUUGUUUUUUCAGCUGACACAAUGGGUCAAGCACGGGCGUUCACCAAGAAAGAGGCCGAAUGCUUUUAUCAUGCCACAGAACGUUUCUUGACUAUUCUCGAAGAAAAAGAGCGUGCGUUUUAUAAGAAGGAAUACGAGCGAUAUUUAUCAGAUGAUGAGCCUCGAUUGCGAGAGUUUUCGGCGGCAUUUGCUGAGCAAGUAGCUGUCCAGGAAGAGAACCUGGCAACAUCGCUGCCGGCAUUAUCAGAAGAUGAAGAAAUUAGUGAAGCGAGUCAGCAGCAGCGUGCCGCAAAGGAAGCGGAAUUUCGUUUAUCGUUUCUGACAACGCUUCUCGUAUCACACAAGACAUCGUUAUCGAUUGAGUCGGUUCGUAUCGUGCCGGUCAAGAAAGUGGUGCUUUCGACGUAUGCAGCAGCGCUCGAGCUUCUCGGUCACACGAGUAAAGAAAUGCACAGUCCUGCAACGGGUGAAUUGAGUUGGGACAAGAUUUCGCCAUUGCUAAGCAUAGACGUAUUAGCACCGUGCUUGCACGCCUUUGCUGCUUCGCUCUUGACAAUUAACUCACUGACAGAAGCUGGCAGCAUGAGCGCUAGUGGACUUCGUGCCAUACGAAACGCUUUACCAGCAACACCAGCGGCAAUGUCUUCCGCAAAGCAGAUCUUUAAUGACACUUCCAAGACAGAGCUUGAUGCUGCAAGCCCCGUUGCCUCCUGCUUCUAUGUGUGGGGCCUUGCCGUCAUUGCUCAUGUUGAUAGCUUAACGAUUAUGAUUGAAAAAGCACAGACGCUCGAGGAUGAAGCUGUAGCUGCAGGAAAUAAUGAGUAG